AUGCGCGGCGAAAUUUGUCAUAUUCACGUCGGCCAGGCUGGUGUCCAGCUGGGUAACGCGGCAUGGGAGCUUUAUCUACUCGAACACAGCUUGAUGCCAGAUGGACAUAUAAAUUCGGAUAUUAGCGAGGGUAUUCGCAAAAGCAGCUCAUAUGAGACCUUCUUCGCCGAGGCCGAAAAUGGCAAAUACGUCCCCCGUUCGAUCUUUGUCGACCUCGACCCUUCGCCUGUUGACGAGAUCCGCACCGGUACCUACCGCAAUCUGUUCCACCCAGAACAAUUGAUAAAUGCUCGUGGUCACUAUACUGUUGGCAAGGGGCUCUUGGAUAAUGUUAUUGAUCGAAUCCGACGUGUGGCUGAUAACUGCUCCUCCCUUCAGGGUUUCUUGAUCUUCCGCUCUAUCGGUGGUGGUACUGGCUCUGGCUUCGGUGCUUUGUUGCUAGAGCGCCUUGCUGCCGAGUACGGCAAGAAAUCGAAGCUGGAGUUCGCAGUCUACCCAUCUCCCACCGUGGCGACUGCCGUGGUAGAACCAUAUAAUGCUGUGCUAUCCACCCAUAGCACCAUUGAAAACUCUGAAUGUACAUUCCUUGUCGACAACGAAGCAGUUUACGAUAUCUGUAAACGCAACCUAGACAUCCCUCGACCUGGCUUUGAUCAUCUCAACCGGCUCAUCGCUCAGGUGGUUAGCUCUGUCACCGCUAGCUUGCGCUUCGAAGGCGCCCUCAAUGUCGACCUGAAUGAGUUCCAGACCAAUCUCGUGCCGUUCCCGCGUAUUCAUUACCCUCUUAUUUCAUAUGCUCCGAUCAUAUCUAGUAACCGCAGCAGCCACGAAGGCCACAAAGUUAGAGAACUUACUAUGCAGUGCUUUGAACCCAAACAUCAGAUGGUUGUCUGCGAUCCUUAUAAGGGCAAGUAUAUGGCUGUGGCUCUUCUGUACCGAGGAGACGUUGUGCCUUACGAAUGCAGCCAAGCUAUUGCUCAUGUCAAAUCCAAGGCGUCGUUCAACCUAGUCGAGUGGUGUCCCACCGGGUUUAAGGUUGGAAUCAAUUACCAGAAGCCUGUAAGUGUGCCUGAUAGCCAACUUGCAGCUGUCGACCGUUCGGUCACUAUGCUUUCUAACUCCACCUCUAUCGCUGAGGCCUGGGGCCGUCUCGAUCACAAAUUCGACCUCAUGUACACCAAACGUGCCUUCGUCCAUUGGUACGUGGGUGAGGGUAUGGAGGAGGGCGAGUUCUCCGAGGCUCGUGAGAACUUAGCAGCUCUGGAGAGGGAUUAUGAGGAGAUUGCCGGUGACGCUAUGGUCUCCGCUGAUGGAUUCGAGCAAGAGUUCUGA